UGGGCCUGAGGGUGUGAGCCCGAGAUGGAAGGAUCAUUCCGGUGACCUUCCUAGUCCUCCAAGCUCACAGGAACCCCGACGAGUGAUCAGAAUUAUGGGCUUCCAAAUCCCUCCCGCCCAUUCGUUUUACAAACAUUCAAUGCGGAAAGUCUGGGUUUCUGCCCUAAAGGAAGAAGUUACCUUACUAUCUGGAAGAAAGUGGGAAAUAGCCUGAACACCGUAGCGCUGUAAUAGGGACUAACAAUGAUGACAGGAACUUGGGUGGGCUGGCAGAAGAGGUGGACGACAAAGUUCUUCAUGCGGCUUUUAUCCCUUUUGGAGACAUCACAGAUAUUCAGAUUCCUCUGGAUUAUGAAACAGAAAAACACCGAGGAUUUGCUUUUGUGGAGUUUGAGUUGGCAGAGGAUGCUGCAGCAGCUAUCGACAACAUGAAUGAAUCUGAACUCUUUGGACGGACAAUUCGUGUCAAUUUGGCCAAGCCAAUGAGAAUUAAAGAGGGCUCUUCCAGGCCAGUUUGGUCAGAUGAUGACUGGUUGAAGAAGUUUUCUGGGAAGACUCUUGAGGAGAAUAAAGAAGAAGAAGGACCUGAGCCUCCCAAAGCUGAAGCCCCAGAGGGAGAGCCCGCUGCAAAAAAAGCCCGGUCAAAUCCUCAAGUGUACAUGGACAUCAAGAUUGGGAACAAGCCAGCAGGCCGAAUUCAAAUGCUCCUACGGUCUGACGUUGUGCCCAUGACAGCAGAGAACUUCCGUUGCCUGUGCACCCAUGAGAAGGGCUUUGGCUUCAAGGGAAGCAGCUUCCACCGCAUCAUCCCCCAGUUCAUGUGCCAGGGCGGUGACUUCACAAACCACAACGGCACAGGGGGCAAGUCCAUCUAUGGCAAGAAGUUCGAUGAUGAAAACUUCAUCCUUAAACACACAGGGCCAGGCCUCCUCUCCAUGGCCAAUUCUGGCCCAAACACCAAUGGCUCCCAGUUCUUCCUGACCUGUGAUAAGACAGAUUGGCUGGACGGCAAGCAUGUGGUGUUUGGGGAGAUCACGGACGGCCUGGAUGUCUUGCGGCAGAUUGAGGCGCAGGGCAGCAAGGACGGGAAACCAAAGCAGAAGGUGAUCAUUGCUGACUGUGGAGAGUACAUGUGAGGCUCUGCUCAUCUCUGUAGGACAGGGUGAACCGCCUGGUGUCUGCCCUGGUGCUGAGUGGUUCCUGAGAAGUGAGCUGUGUAUAGCGUGUGCCUUUCCUUGGGGUCACCUGCCUUAGCAGCCAGUCGUCUGCACUGUUGGGUUCUUCGGUCACAGCUCUGCCCGAAAGCCAGCAUGGGCACAGUGCUGCCGCCACCUGCCCUGAACUGUGUAGCUGCUGGGUGGCGUCUUUGCUAAAAUAAACUGGUUUUCUGUA